CUAUCGAUUUUGUUGUGUUGUGUUGUUGUAUUUUGCAUGAGUGUGGGAAUUUAUUAAACAAAAAACGAAACGCGGACAAACUAUAUUUAUGUAAUAAACGUAACGCCGCGCGCCAAAGAGUGAUGACCAGACCACGGCAAUUACAGACUACUUAGGCAAAAACGCACCGCACUCAAGGGUCUAAAAUCAAAGUGUGAUUAGCUCAAAUCAAUUGAUUCGUUUUGCUCAACAAAAACAAAUUCUAUUUCCAAUCGCUUCGAUAGUGUGUCGUUCUUGUUGUUGUUGUUAUUUUACCGAAAAGUGAAAUAAAAAAACACAGCGCACACACACACACACGCGUGCAAAGAGAAGAAGAAGAGCAGACGCCAGCUAUAUAAAAAAGGCCACAAAAGAAGUGGAAAUAAAUCUUUCCCAGAAGACAGGGGGGAACCGAACUAAUCGGCAAAUAAUUAGUGGAGCCCAAAAAGACCGCGAAAAACUCGCCGAGUAACUCUUUCUUUUCACAAGAAAAACCCCAAAAGCCCUGUUAUCGAUUUUGUAUUCGAGGGUGUUUGUGUGUGUGAGUGUAGCGCGCCCGCGUGCGUGUGUGUGUGUGCGUUCAGCGCGUUAUCAAAAACAACAACAAUUGGUUGCAAAGUAACAGCGAAAGGAGGAAUACGAGGAAGAAGAAGAAAAAGAAUCUUUUUUAGCCGGUUGCAAAUCGCGCCAUCUCGCUCGCACCGCGCUCAAUCGCGGAUCGUGGUCGAUUUAUCGAAUUAAUCGCCAAAGUACACAAUAUAUACAUAUAUACAUCAUUUAUUUCAAAUGAUUUCGCUGCUGCAAAUGAAAUUCCAUGCGCUUUUGUUGUUGCUAUCAAAAGUCUGGACAUGCAUCUGUUUCAUGUUCAAUCGCCAAGUGCGAGCUUUUAUCCAGUAUCAACCGGUUAAAUAUGAACUCUUCCCGCUGUCACCCGUCUCGCGUCACCGCCUGAGCCUGGUGCAGCGGAAGACCCUCGUUCUGGACCUGGACGAAACGCUGAUACACUCCCAUCACAAUGCGAUGCCCCGGAAUACGGUGAAGCCGGGCACGCCGCACGAUUUCACCGUCAAAGUGACCAUCGACCGGAAUCCAGUGCGCUUCUUUGUUCACAAGCGACCGCAUGUGGACUACUUUCUGGAUGUGGUGUCACAGUGGUACGAUCUGGUCGUUUUCACGGCCAGUAUGGAGAUUUACGGGGCGGCAGUGGCGGAUAAGCUGGACAAUGGCCGAAACAUCCUACGGAGGCGAUACUAUAGACAACACUGCACCCCCGACUACGGAUCCUAUACUAAAGACCUGUCGGCCAUCUGCAGUGAUUUAAAUAGGAUAUUCAUCAUUGACAAUUCGCCCGGGGCCUAUCGCUGUUUCCCCAACAAUGCCAUACCCAUCAAGAGUUGGUUCUCGGAUCCGAUGGACACGGCGCUGCUGUCGCUGCUGCCCAUGCUGGAUGCGCUGAGGUUUACGAACGACGUGAGAUCGGUGCUGUCCAGGAACUUGCACCUGCACCGCCUCUGGUAGCAGGUGGGCCGCUUAUCGCUAGUGUAGUCUAUCUAUUUAGGAGGAGCAACAUAAGCCAGCAAAGUGGGGAUGAUAUACCUUCUGAAAUUAACAACAAAAUGGUGGUGCUGUGACACAUUAACGAAUUUUUUCAUUAUUAUUAUAUUUACCAUUCAGUCGGAUUAGCGAAGAGACACACGGAAUAUAGAGAAAGUGGAGAGUAUACCUUAAAGUUAUGGAAUUCGAUGGUUUUUUGUUUCCUUUUUGUGUAUUAAAAUAGAAGAGUUUUGUAACAAUCUAAUUAUUAAUGCAUAUUUGUCCAUAUGUGAAGACCAGCUAUUUUAUUUUUUUUUUUUUGAGAUUUUGUGUUUGUUUUUUGUACGUAUAUAUUUUGAUUAUAAUAUCAAAUGGAAACUCUUGAACACAGUAUAUAUAUAUAUAUGAAAUGGAAGUUAAGCAGAAAAAGUGAAGUAACAAUAUUAAGAACAAAUUUGUCAAGUUAUAUAUCAUAUUAUUAUAAAUUAAAUCUAAGGCCACAACAACAAGAGUCUUUCUAUACCAUGAUUACGAUUAAUAAUUAUAAAACUGAAAUUGUUUUUUAUAAAGAAAACAGGACGAAGCAAAAUACUUAUAAUUAUACAAAUUAGUUGAUUACGAAACUUUCCUGGACAUCAUUAUUAUUGAUAAUUUUUACAUGUAACCGAUUCUGUAUAGACUUAUAUAUGUUCUGCCCUCGUUUCCUGUACAAAACUAAACGGACGGAAGAUCUUUCAAGAGUUUCAUUGCUUGCAAACCAAACAUAACACUUUUCUAAGGAUAAGAUUUUUGUCUUUCGAGGGAGUUAUAUAUUUAUACAUAUUAUAUAUAUCUACAACUAAGCAACAACCAACAACUAUGAACUACUAUUAAAGUAAACAACAACCAACAAGCAAGCAAGUAAGGCAAAAGUUCUAUUUUGUAAGGCGAGCCAAGUAGCAUUGAGAUAUAAAAAUCGCAUUAAUUCUGAUAGGAUCGGAUCAGAUCAGAUUAAUGACGAGCCGCAGACUGGGACAGAUAUAUAUAGGGAGUUUAGAGAGCCAAAUCACUAAUUAUACGAGAACCGAGUUAGUCUGAGAAUUGAGAAAUCGUGGCACAUCAUCCGAGGCAUCACAGGAUAUUCAGGAUAUUCAGGAGAGCAGCAAAAAAAAUUAAAAGAGAGAGUAACACAUGAAAACUGCUUCCAUAGUUAAUGUUAUUUCCAAAAGCAUAAACACACCACCCUAAACUAAACAACAAAUGCUUGCACACGCCCUUUACCUAUUACCUUUUACCCCACCCCUAUCCAAUUGUUCUUUUUAUCGUAAUGUAAAUUUAAAACAAUCACUAUUUGUUUAUUUAUUGCAAGGAAAACGAGAAUAAUACGUGUAUGCGAUGUUGUUAAUUUUAAGUAGUUUGUAGCAAAUUUGUUAAACUGAAACGUAAAUGAAAUAAAUGAGAAAGGGAACACAAAAGCAGAAAAAGAAUUACAAAAAAUACAAAACCA